CCUAGAAACAAUUUGCCGCGGACAAAGCUUUACAGGCCAUUCCCAGGACCCGUCCCGCGCCCACGUGGUCGCGUUCCUGCCCUUGAGUCGCCAGCCCUAUCUGCUACCGCGGUUGACGCACCGCACCAAACGCAGCCAUGAAGUUCGGCCAUGUUUUCAAGCAAUGCCUGCGAAACGAGGGUUUCCCACCCGAGUGGGUCGACUCGGCCAUUUCCUACAGCCAGCUCAAGAAGGUCAUCAACCGCCUGACCGACGAGCUGCAGCAGGUCGGCCUUGACCCGCAGACCCUGUCGAAGCUGCUGAAGCACGUCGAGGACUACAAUGCCUCGGCUGACCAAGACGGCGACGAGGGCCGCCCGUUUGAGUACAUCCUGAACGGCGACGGCGUCGAGACCAAGUCGGCCAAGGCGAAGAAGUUGUUCCAUCCGAAAUUGCUCUUCUACGUCGACGAGAAGAACGGCCAUGUCGACAGCGCCAGCAUUGACGAGGAAACGAAGCGCAAGCUGCAGAUGCUGGCAGUCGAGACCGGCAUGACCGACCUGCGCGUGUUCGACGCAGACUCGCAGAAGCCAGAGUCCGAGACGCCAGGGCCCGACACACCCACCCAGGGCUCGCGGCCGGGCUACCGCACCGUCGAAGUCCCGCUAACCUCCGACACGGAGUUCUUCACGCAGCUGACGACGUCCAUUGCGGGGCUGGAGAAGCUGCAGGAGCGCGAGGAAAAGCGCAUGCACUCUUCCAUCGAACAACUCGGCUCCCAAAUCGCCAAGCUAACCGACGCGAACAAGCGCUCCAACAAGAAAACAAUCACCGCCUGGCGCCAGGUCUUCCAGAUGUACAUUGAAGAAGGCAUAUUCUUCGGCACCACGGAAAGCGACCACAAAUCGCACGACGCCGACAAAGCAACGCAACGUCUCGCGACCUUUAGCAACAAGAUCGCGCGCGCGGGCCUCGUCGAGAAAUUCUCAAAGAAAGACAACAUGGCCGCGCUCAACACGUUCAUGCACCUCAACCGCGAGAUCCUGCAGGGCCUGCGCUUCGGCGAGAUCAACCGCGCGGCCAUGCUGAAGAUCCUGAAGAAAUUCGACAAGCGCACCGCGCUGGGCGUCAAGCGCGCGUUUCCCCGCCAGGUCGCCUACCCGGACUUCAGCGAGCACCUGGCCAAGGCCGUGUGCGCCCAGGUCCACACGCAGAUCCUGAGCCAUGUGCCACAGCUCGACGAUUACAGCUGUCCCAUGUGCUGCGAGAUCGAGUGGCGGCCGGUCAAGUUGAGCUGCGGGCAUGUGUUUUGUAUUCGGUGCUUGAUUGUGAUGCAGAACAAUAAGCAGCACAAUUGUCCGUUUUGCAGGGCGAAGAGCGUAUUCGACGCGAAUUCAGACAACCUCGACACGGAACUCGCCGCGUUCCUGAAGAAAUGGUUCCCCGACGAGGUCAAAGCCAAGCAGCGCUACAACGAGCACAUGGCUGGCGUCGACCAGUACGGCGAGGUGUACGCCGAAGCAAAGUGCGUCGUCAUGUAGUCCCCUUAUGCUUGUAGUUCCCCUCCUCGUGCUUGUGCUUGAGGGGACCACUGGCAAGGGGCCUGUGUUGAGAAGUCGUGCUAAGACUGCGCAGGUUCUUCCGCGGAGGC